AUGGAUUUACGAACCUUACUUCACAAGCUACACAAAGAAGUAUCCUGUUCCUUGUGUAUGAGCCCGUUUACUGAUCCAAAAAUAUUGCCGUGCUUUCAUACAUUUUGCCUCCAUUGCUUAAAUGAGCGUCAGCAAGCGAGUAGCGGCAUUCAUGGCGGGAUUACAUGCCCAGAAUGUCGCAGGAAGUUUCAAGUUCCUGGGAGCGGUUAUCCUAAGGAGUUGCCUGCCAACUUUCAAAUGAACAGUUUGGCGGACGUCAUCAAGGCCAUUCCAGAAUGUAAAGCCGCAGGAGAGUGUGGAAACUGCGAAAAAAACAGCCACCAAAGUUUCUAUUGCUUUCAAUGUUGCACCUUCUGGUGCAACGAUUGCAUUGCUGCUCAUAACAUUAUCCGAGCGACUAAAGACCACCGUGUGCUUGCGGUUAAGGAUUUUCAAGAUCAUGACAUUGAAGACGUGAAAGAGAAGGCGCUUCAGAAGAGGAACAGAAGAUAUCAACCGGUUUUGUCGUUUGGACAGAAAGGUUCGUCUCCCGGAAUGUUGGAUGAUCCCUGGGGUGUGGCAGUGAAUGAACACAACCAAAUUGCAGUAACUGAUAAUAAUAAUCAUAGGAUUCAGUUAUUUAGUAGUGAUGGAACUUACUUAAAAUGUUUUGGAAAUAAGGGUGUAAAAGAGGGAGAGUUUGACUCUGCCUCUGGUAUAACUUAUUUAAAUAAUGGAAACAUCGUAGUGGCAGACAGUAGUAACAACCGACUGCAAAUAUUCACUGGGCAGGGGGAGUACCUUUCCCAGAUUACUGGUGAGGGAACUGAUCUUGAUCAGAAAUUUGAUUUUCCAUGGGGAGUAAGUGAAGACAGUGAAGGUAACAUUAUUGUUGCUGACUCAAAUAACCACCUAAUCAAGAUCUUCAGUCAACGUGGCCAGUUCCUAAAAAAGUUUGGAAAAGAUUUGUUAGUUGACCCAUGCCACUGUAUUCAGAAGGAUCAAUAUCUAAUAGUAUCAGACUACGGUGAUCACAGUAUUAAAGUUUUUAAUGCAGAAGGUAAUUUUCUUUAUAAAUUUGGAGAGGAAGGGGACGAGAAUGGGGAAUUAUAUGAACCCCGUCACCUGUCAAUUGACAAAAAUGGAAACUUGAUUGUAUGUGACUGUGGAAAUGACCGGGUUCAGAUAUUCAAACUAAGUGGAAUGUUCUUGUCUGAGUUUGGAAAACGCGGCAGCACUGUUGGGGAUUUUAAUGGACCAGCCUCCACUGCAUUUCUUACUGAUGGUAAAAUAGUUGUGUCUGACCAUAGAAACCACCGAAUUCAGAUUUUUGCCGAUUAA